AUGCGCCGUGGACUCUUAAUUUUCCUGAUAAUAAAUGCUCUCAUUCUUACCUUCCUCAUUCGCUCAGUCUUUACCCUCUUGACACUCCUCUUUGAAGAUGCUUCAGCAGACGCCAUAUCGCAUUCGGAACUUCCUGCGCCAAAUUCUACCCUGAUUGACACUCGACCACAGCUCAUCCCCAAACUCAUUCACCAGACCUACAAGACUGAGACAAUUCCAGCCCACUGGCGCGAAGCUCAGCAGUCUUGCAUAGACCUUCACCCAGACUACGAAUACAUACUAUGGACAGAUGCCAAGUGUCGCGACUUUAUCCGCGACAAAUAUCCUUGGUUUCUGGACACUUUCGACGGUUAUGCAUACCCCAUCCAGCGCGCAGACGCGAUUAGGUAUUUUGUGCUCGUGCACUAUGGAGGGGUCUACAUUGACCUAGACGAUGGCUGUAAUCGUCGGCUAGACCCUCUGUUAUACUACACCGCCUGGGUGCGCCGCACGAAGCCCACAGGUAUUUCCAACGAUGCAAUGGGUGCAGUGCCGCAGCAUCCAUUCUUCCUCCGAGUCAUCAAAAGUCUACAGAAAUAUGACCGUCAAUGGGUCCUACCAUAUAUUACCAUCAUGUACUCCACUGGUCCGCUCUUCCUUAGCGUCGUUUGGAAGGAAUGGAUGGGUGAGAAUAGUGGGCGUGCCGCGGACUGGAAUGGCCGUGUUCGUGUCCUCAUGAAACCCGAGUACAAUCAACAUCCGUGGUCUUUCUUCAAACAUUACCGUGGCAGCAGCUGGCAUCGCGAAGAUGCAAAGCUCAUCUUCUGGAUGGGUAGGCACUGGAUGCUGCUUACAGCUCUGGGAUUCAUGUUCGCCGGCGUUGUGGGUAUGGCGCUUUGGUGGCUGUAUGGGACAAUACUGCUAUUAGGCAGCCAUAGGAAGUCUGCGAUGGCAGGCCUUAAUCGCGGCAGGAAAAACAGUAGCAGCAGCCCGCCCAGAUCACGGUUAUCGCUGUGGAGUUGGCGGAGCGGCAACAAGCAGCAGUACGAACUUGUCCAGCAGAGGGAGCCUUGA